CCACCGCCUCCCUUCUGCUUGCUCCAAGUGAACAUUAAAGUAGAGCAAAGUUGACAAAGUUGGCAGUCGACGCCCCCUUGUGUUCAUCUUCUGGGGGGGCGUUUGAAGAACGUCUCAGCCGGCGGGGGGCUGAGCUAUACUGAUGUGGAUCAAGAAGCUCGAUGCACAGCAGAUAUGCACCCCCCCCCCGCCACCCCUAUCCAGGACCAGGUUAAGUUGAUUGUGAGCUUUAUCGCCUUCCGACGUAAUUGCACAUCACAAAUAGUUUUUGCCUUGCAUGGAUGACUAAGGCGAGGGAAGGUUAUCUGAGAGUAAUGACGCCGGGCUUCCAUUGAGAGUAAAAGGGAGAAAUCAAUAUGGUCUAUCCGAGCAAGCGAGCGUUUUUGCCACAGUAAAAACGUUGCCAGUGGUGAUGAAGACGACCAGGCACGGAACGCUCCAAAUGUGUUGACACGUCACAACAGAGGAGGCCUCGUCCGUCCGUCCUUGCCGUCCUUCACUGCAUUCCCAACAGGGACUUGCGAGACUUCCCCAAACUGGAAUCUUAUUCUUCAUCACUGUCACCAUGCACACAAAAAAUGAUUCGAACGACUAGAAAUAGGCUACUGUAAUUCAUAAAUCUAUUUCUUUGUGCCCUCUAACACACCAAAAAUGAUGCAAACUUUGUUCCCUUUCUCUCUUGAUUGAUUGUCGCUUCCCACAAUUUAGCACGCUCAGCCAGCUCUCACAUCAAUCAUGAAAUGAAGAGUCCAACUCUGCAAACAAGCUAAAGUGCCCCCUAUGAGUUUGAUGAUAAAAGUGGAAUAGAAUGACAUUUUAGUGAACUUGCUCCAUCAAACUUUGAUUAGAAGUUUAUUUUAGGUUCACGUUUAGUGUGAAUGAAGAGAAAUACAUUAAACGUCAUGCAAGAAAUUUAUAUUCACCACUGUGGAUUCGUUCUAUUCUUUGUUUAUUUUGCAGGGGCAGUUAUUUGUGAGAAGAGCGAUGGCAUCAAUUAUAUGAUGUAUGCACUGCUGCUCUUGUUGUAAACUUCAUUUCGCGUUACUUCUAUUAUACACAUUAAAACUCUGUAAUUAAAAUGGGAUAUUAAUUGAAACUUUUUUUUUUAUCAUGGUGCCAUGUUUUAGUUCAGCUCAGUUCUGGUGAGCAAAUUAGUUUUUUUGACUUGGGAGAAAUUAGUUGGAGCAAACAUUGCUUGUUUGUUGUGCUAACUAACAUUGUUGUAUAAUUUGUUUUUAAGUUGCCUGUUUGUCUGUCUCGCUCUGUCUCUCUCUCUGCAUUGAGAUUUCUUCCAAUGUUGGCAGAUGAGAAGAUGAGAAGAUGCUCAUCAUACAGCCUCUGCCAAAAAAAAUUACUGUAGCUUUGCAGCAAUCAGCAAAGCAUUCUUCUCCAGACCAAAUCUGGACUCAUGGCCAAGUUCCUUCACGUUGAGGUACCAAUGAUCACGUGUUCUGACUAUUUUGAUGUUUCCCUAUCCAGAUCAUUCGAAAGUGAUCCAGUACUGACCAGUAUGAUCACAUUUUGUGGGUACCAGAAGCUCUACAAGAAUCAGUAGCAACAUCCAAAUGGCAUUAUCACAGAAGAUUGGGUGGAUUUUUCAUUGUAGAUAGAUAGAUAGAUAGAUAGAUAGAUAGAGAGAUAGAUAGAUAGAUAGAGCGCUGUGCAAUUUUUUUUGCAUGCGCACUCAUGCACACACUCUUCCACACACACAGCGCUGCAGCGUGUGCGCGUGUGUGCGUGCGCUGAGAUCCUUGCGCGCUUUCAGUGCACCUGUGAUGCGGGACGAGCGCCAAACGUCUCCAAACAGUGGACCCGCGCGUGUCACGCUGUCCCGAUUAAGCGUGCGGAGUGGACGGACGGUGAGGCGGCUAGAGUCCGCCUGCUGGCGGCGCGAGUGACGCGAGGGUGGCGGCAAGCGGAGAUGUCGACGCGGUGCGAGCCUCCGCGGAGCACUUCUAAGCCGGCGGAGAUGUACUAAAAUCGGAUGCGGAGCGCAGCGACUGCUCUCCCCUGCCUUCCCUUUCUCCACCUCUUCCAUCCUUCCAUCUGUCCUCCCGCGUUCGGAGGCUGAGGCGAGUGGAGCGGGAUGUGGGCGAUGCUGCCAUGCACAAGGGAUGCAUUGUGGCUGGGUUGAGCUGCUCCGUAACACCCGUUGCAUGCGUUGAUUUCAAGAGGAAAAGCAGCCGAAUAGGACGUCAGCACCUGUUCCAUCAGGCAUCAACAUUACUUCAAUGUGGCUCCUUCUGCAACUUGGCCACAGGAGGGCAGUAUAUUCAGUCAUGCAGACACAAAGAAGAGUUUCACAACUUCGGUGAGCAACUCCGCGAGUGGCCCUGGGCUAGUGCCCUGAGGAACACCCCGCCCUCUCCCCGCCGCUCGUGAUUGCCGGGUCCGUCAGGGGAUGCGGACGGGCCAGAUUGCAGCAGCGUCACUCUGAUCCGGGAUCAGCUGGGUGUUGGAUGGCCUGUUCUCCACAUCAAAACAGUCGGGGGCCUUUGGAGUGAACAUCCCUCACUGCGCGGUAGCACAUGGAUUUCAAGACCUCAAAUGAAGAGACAAAGACUGGCAUUUAUUUGAUGCAAGAAGGUAAUGAGGAGCCCUUUAAUAUCCGACUGCACUUGGCUAAAGAUAUUCUGACCAUUCAGGAGCAAGAUGUCAUCUGCGUGUCUGGAGAGCCUUUCUAUUCCAGCGAAAGGACUGUAACGAUACGGCGACAGACCAUCGGAGGGUUCGGCCUCAGCAUCAAGGGUGGUGCUGAGCAUAAAAUCCCUGUGGUGAUAUCCAAAAUAUCCAAAGAACAAAAAACUGAACUCUCUGGGCUGCUUUUCAUUGGCGAUAGUAUCCUCCAGAUAAACGGAAUCAACGUGAGAAGCUAUCGCCACGAGGAAGUGGUUCAGGUGUUGAGGAAUGCUGGUGAAGAAGUGACCCUGACAGUUUCGUUCCUCAAGAAGACCCCAGCUUUCCUCAAAUUGCCUCUGAGCGAGGACUGUACGUGCAUCCCCAGCGACCAGAGCAGCGGGACCUCAUCUCCUUUGUGCGAUAGCGGCCUACACUUGAACUACCAUCCAAAUAACACGGACACGCUGUCCUGCUCAUCGUGGCCCACUUCCCCUGGUCUCCGCUGGGAGAAGAGAUGGGUGGACCUGCGCCUUCUACCGUUGCUGCAUUCUCGCCUCUCGCAGCACAUGCCGGGCUCUGACGUGUGCAGGAAAAAUGCGUUCCAGGUCGUGGCGGUGGACGGAGUUUGCAGUGGCGUGCUCCAGUUCCCUUCCGACGAGGACUGCUUGGAUUGGCUUCAGGCUGUCGGCGGCAACAUCUCGGCGCUCACAAAGCACAAUGUGAAGAAGAUCAACCGGAAUUUUCCAGUCAACCAGCAGAUCAUCUACAUGGGCUGGGCCGACGAGAAGGAGCAGGACUCCGUCCAGGACCGAAUGUACUCGCCAAAGUUCCUUGCUUUAAGGGGUUCCUCUCUCUUCAAGUUCUCUGCUCCUCCAGUGACAACAUGGGAUUGGACGAGAGCAGAGAAAAGUUUUACUGUCUAUGAAAUUAUGUGCAAGAUCUUAAAGGACAACGAGCUGGUGGACAAGAGGAGGCACUGCUUCAGCGUGCAGACGGAAACGGGCGAGGACAUGUUCUUCAGCGUGGAGCUGGAGUCUGAGCUGCUCGUUUGGGAAAAGGCCUUUCAGAUGGCCACUUACCUGGAAGUGGAGCGGAUACAGUGUAAAACGUAUGCCUGCAUCACAGAGAGCCACCUGAUGGGACUAACAGUGGACUUCAGCAUGGGCUUUGUGUGCUUUGACGCCGCUUCCAAAGCUGUCCUUUGGAGAUACAAGUUCUCUCAGCUGAAAGGCUCAUCAGACGACGGCAAAAGCAAAAUCAAGUUUUUAUUCCAAAAUCAAGACUCCAAAUCUAUUGAAGCAAAGGAGCUGGAGUUCUCCAACCUGUUUGCGGUCCUUCAUUGCAUUCACGCUUUCUUCGCCGCCAAAGUGGCAUGCUUGGACCCCAUGUUUGCGGAGAGCCAGGCCACGGCGACCAACGUUGGCAUUCCUUCGCUGGCCAGCAUCUCAUGCAAUUCGCACACUCCCAAGCUAAAAUACAAGAACACUUGACGCAGUCUUUGCGCUUCAGUCCUGACGGGAGGGAGAAAAAGACUCCGGCUGAGGUCUUCAAGAGGACACUUGAGACACGGACCUCCUUGGGGAAAAUGCCUGAAACGAGAAGCUCCACACAAGAGGACUCCAUGGACACCAAGUGUGCAUUUAUUUCAGCAUCUUUCUAAGUCGACCCACUCUAUUCCUGUUCCUAGGAUAUCGUUAUCAAUAUCCAAAUUAUAAUUGACACGUAAAUAUACUUUUAUAUGGGUUUGGGUUAUUGCCAACUUUUCCUGUAUUCGAGCAAUUAGAUGGACUAAAGUCGUGGGACAAAUGAUACUUUUGUCCACAUUCUUAGUAGCGGAAUGUGAUCUAUAGUAGUCUAUAUUCAAUUUUAGGGCAGAAUUAAAUUGAUUAGAGGAGUUUUGAGUCCCCCUAAAAUUUGUGAUAGUGUAAAUAGGCAUUGACUUUGAAAUGACAGAUAUGAUUUGGGGGUUUGUUUGAGGGUAAAUUAUCUCAUAGCGUCCUCCCCGCAUUGGUAAUUCACUCUUUGGACCAAUUUAGAUGAUCCUAUGAUAUGAUGUUUUGGUUUAUUUUCAUAAGCUUGGAGUCGGGUUUGUAAAUAUGAAAAAUUAUAUGAAUGGCAGUGAAUAAAACACGGUGGGAGCUGAGAAGAACAAUUUAUGGCAGCAAAGUCAGAUGAAUGUGUAUUACAAAGAGGAUGUUGGCAGUAAUACCCUUCAGACAAAACAAGAUUAAUGAGAAAGGAAGAGAGAGAGAAGGUGAUUUUAUUUUUUGCAGAUGUUUUAUUAACAAAUUUACCGUGUCAUGAAUUAAAUAAAGGAGAUCUUUUAUAACGGUU